UGUGUUGACAUUCUGAACGACAGAAUGUUAUGUUAUGGAGACAAAAGAAAGAGUGUGUGUGUGUGUGUGUGUGUGUGUGUGUGUGUGUGUGUGUGUGUGUGUGUGUGUGUGUGUGUGUGUGUGUGUGUGUGUGUGUGUGUGUGUGUGUGUGUGUGUGUGUUAGAGUGUGAGCUGUAUUUAUCUGUGCAAACAGACAUCACUGUACAUAUACAGUAUAGUUGUUGGAUUAGUUGCUACCUCUGCAGUGGCUGGACUCCAGCUUUAACUACACAGUCAGCCGCUGUGAUACCAAACAGAUUUGAGGUCAACAACAACUUCUGCAACAUGGGUGGUGGAUAUCUCUUAAUUGAUGAUGUGACGAGCACUGAGAAGAAGACAAACAGAAUCUUUGUCUUGAUGUUGAUUCUCUGUCUUCACUUUGGACUGGUGAAACAGAACAAGAUGUUCCCACUGGACAUGGCACCUGAUUCAGUUGAUGACAAAUACGAUGGCUGCAGAGACGAAGCCUUCAAGAGGGUGGAUGACGACUACCUCCCACAUGAGAAAAACACCACCACUAACUUCAGAAGAGCCUGGGACAUGGCAGAGAAACAUGCAUCCAUUCCAACAGAUGGUCUGCAGAAAGUGCAUUCCGUCUCUAUGUAUUUGUACACAAAUAACAAACCCCAACCUCCUUCUGAAUCCAUCUACAUAGACUUCAACAAAGCAGUUAGACAAGGCAGUUAUGGGUAUGGAACAUCAUUCCAGUACCAUUCCCUGCACUUCUAUCUGACUGACGCCAUGCAGAUUCUCAAACAAAGUCAAACAACAUGUUGGACCACCUACCUUAGAACCAAUGUAACUUUUGAUCAGGAUGUUGUCAACAAAGAAAUGCGCUUUGGUUAUUUUGCCUCAAGUUCUUUACAUAAGACUUUAUACGAUUUUGGAGACACAUCCUGCUUUGAGAUCAACACAUGUUUUGGUGUUAACUUGACAUAUUACUCUGCAUAUGCAAACGAGGGGGAAGUUUUGAUUCCUCCCUAUGAGGUAUUCAAAGUGACCAACAUCCAGACAAAGUCAGCAGUCAGUAACCUGUGGUGUAAAGUCGUGUACACUCUAAAGAGCACUGGGAAAUGGAAGAGUGACCUGAAUUGUAAAGCAAUAGAUACAGGCUACUGCUACAUGAAGCUACUAACUGUGUUCAUUGUCACAAUAGUGUUCAUAUAUUUACAACAGUAAAAUAGUGAUUUUGUCAGACAGUAUAGGCAACAGCUCUAUAGAGAUGAGAUGAUGACAUGGAAUGACCUACUGAAGUCAUAAAAUUAAACCAAUGUAACAGAAAUAUUUCAUUAAAGUAAUGUGAAUAAAUGUUGUUUAAAACUUAUUAAGUGAUAACAAGUAAUGCUUAGUCACUACCAUCAUGGGACUUUUACUAAUAGUUUUAUUAUGUGUUACAUCAUUCAACCUACAUAACGCAUAGUGUAUUGUUUAAAAAAUAAUACAACUAUUUUUCAUGUCAAACUGAAACCAAACCAACCUCAAAAAGCACUAAUCGCUCAGCACUGGAACCAAAGUGUAUUUUGAUCAGUACAAAAUAUCAGUUUCGGUACCUUCACUUUGAGCACUAUAGGCAAGAAAAUAGGCAGAGAUUCAUUUGGAGCGACGUCCUGCUUUGAGAUCACCACAUGUUUUGGAGCUGACAUAUCACAUUACUCUGUAUUUACAGGACAGAGAGAAGUCUUAAUUCCUCCCAAUGAGGUAUUCACAGGGACCAACAUCCAGAGGACGUCACCAGAGAAUAACCUGUGGUGUGAAGUCAUCUACACAUUAGUGGCCACUGUAGUUUGGAAGAAUUGAACUGCAAAUUGGUGCCAAAAUAAAUCAGAAAAGCAGUUAUUUUUAUGUUUUACAAUCAACAGAACAGCUGCUACAGGCAACAUAACACUCUUUAAUUAUGUUCUGUAUAUUACUGAUCAUCCCAUCACCAAUGUACAACGGGAAGUCAUCUGAAACAAAUGUAUCUUUCUCAGCUCUCAGGUGUAACGAUCCUGUUAAAUGGUUAAACCCGCAUUACUUCCUCAGAUUAAGAAUACGAUUAUUUUUGUGAAAUAAAAAAUGUAAUAUGAUUUGUAAUUUGAUUAUAUUUUCAGCAUGUGCACUCCAGCUUUUGUUAAAUAAAUAAAAAAAAUAAGCAUGAUUAAAUGACAUGUCCUAUGUAUCCACUACCUGUACAUCAAUUAUAAAGAUAUGAAUUUCAUCUCACUUCAAGAAAAUGUGUCUGUUCUUAGGUCAUAAUUAGAAUGAACUACAAAUAUAUUUAGAUUUAAGGAAAGAUUCAAUGAUAUAGACACAGGUAACCUGAAGCUUCAUUGACUGUGCAGUUGGGCAUCAGAUUGCUAUAGCAUAUGAUGUGGUUAGCUGAUAAAUUAAUGUUCCACAUCUAUCCAGGAGUUGUGAGAUCUGGCAGGCAACUUCAAUGUAGUCAGCCUGGAACGUAGCCUACCUCAUUAGUGGGGUUGGAUGAGA